AUGGUCUGGGGCUACCCGCUGUUUGGCGACGACCCACAGAAACUGCGAAGAAAGAAAAUUGACCAUGCGUGGGAGCGCGGCGUCGGUCGCGCGAACUUGGCUUGGGAAUAUGAAACAGCCAACAAGCUGGCGCAGGGCGUCUACUAUAUCAAAGAAGAGCACUCAAUCCACUCAAUCGAAGAAGAAGGCCUCGGCUCCACAGACGACAUGAUGCUGACUGCCGAGCAGGCUGCGGGGAACGUCGAGAUCGAUCCAGAGGAGGUUGAAAAGAUCAAGAGAAUCCUCCCGACUGUCGAUCGAGGAGAUGGCGUGGGAAUCGCGACCUUGAUUGGCGCGAAAGACGGAAUGUUCGCGUUUCGCUAUAACGGGCCUCUGACCCACAAAUUCGGUUUCAAGCAAUGGCUGAGAUACCUCAUCACAGCGAACUACCCGGGAGCGAAGGUGCGCCUGGUGACGGAGCACGCCAUCGACCCUGGAGACCGACCAGGCAAUCAAAAGCAUCGGCUUCAAGAAGAAAGGUUGGCGCAGAUUCGCAAAGUUGUCUUCUGGAGACGGCCUUACCUGUACGAGAAUGAACAAGAAGCUCACGGCCCGAACCCCCUUGGUCACGUCGCAUCUCCUCAGCAGAUUCGCUAG